AUGGGACCUCGUCACUCUAAACCGAAACGAAAGAGAAAUUCUAUCUCAGUAGCGAACAAUUAUGGCUCUGGUAGCUUAAGGAAAGAAUACGAUUUUGAUAAUCCUUAUAUGAUUCCAAUAAAUGAUACGCAAAUCGAUCGCAUGCAAACACAACAUCAUAUUCUAAGAACCAUAUGUAAUGGGAACUUCUUAUCGCCCAUCAAAGAUAAAUUAAAGGCAGGAAACUUUAAAGCAACAGAUUAUCCAUCAGCAAGUUUCGUUGGUGUAGAUUUUGCUCCUAUUUGGCCUACACAAAAGCCCCUUAAUAUUCAAUUCAUCGUUGCAAAUAUAAUUGAUGGCUUAGAAUUCGAAGAUAAUUCUUUUGAUUAUAUACAUGCUAGGUCAUUAGUAACUUAUUUCAAUGACAAUGAAUGGGAAAAUUACGUAAUACCUGAACUUACACGAAUAUUAAAGCCCGGUGGUUACUUGGAAUUUUUUGAUGAUGAAGUGUUAUGGUAUAACAUGCCUCCGUCUUUAGAGAAAUUAUGCAAUGCCAUUCAGACUGAAUUACAAGCACGGCAUAUGGAUCCUUUAAUAUCACGAAGAAUUGGUGAUUUCAUAAAAGCUACUGGUCAGCUAGAAAAUAUUCAACAUGAGCAAAAGGUUGUACCUUACGGAUCACAUGGUGGAAAAAUAGGUGAACUUACUGCUCAGACAUUUCUUCAAUUCUUUGAAGGUGUCAGAAAACCUUUAAUGGAAAUUAUGAGUUUAAGUGACUCUGAGUAUGACAAUUUAGUGUCAAAACUUGAAAAUGAAAUUAAUUUUUAUCGUACAUAUGGUAAAAAUCAUAGGUAUAUAGCUCAAAAACAACAAAAAUAA